GAAAGCUUCGUGUUGCAAGUGUAUGCAUACUUAUGUGAGCGAGUGUAUGUAGUUCUACUGAAACAAUUUAGAUUGAUGAAAGAAAGAAAUUAUAUUAACAAAUGUAUAUUCACGUUUUAACUUUUGCUAACUAUAAUAUUUAAAUAACAAGAUUUUCAUAAUCUUGUAUUUAAUCAAAACAUUCACAAUGAAUCGCUUGAGAUGCCUUUUAGAUAGAACUUCAUGGUAUGAGUUAAGAAGGUUACAAUCUUCAUCAUCAGUAUCAAAUUCUAAGAUUAAAAUACCAGCUAGAAUACAACGUGACUCUACUGAUAUUUUACACGCCCUUGAAAGUACUAUACCAAAAGAUUUUAUAAAUCUUAGUUAUAUAUAUCAUGAUGAUCCUUAUUUAUAUCCAGUAAGGAAACUUGAUUAUCGUAAUCGUGCAUUGUCAUACGAGGCAGGCAAAAAAGCUGCAAUAUGGAUUCAUAAAGAACAUGGAGAUUUAUUUCCGAAACAUCUCUCAGAUCCAGAAAUUGAAGCAUUUAAGCCACCUCUGAUGUAUACUGAUAAAAGUCAAGUAUCAGAAGAAAUACUUUUACACGCCAUAUCCAAGCGUAUGGUGUCUGACGCUUUGCAUAUUUAUAAAUUGUUAGACUCCAAUGUUUCUAAUGAAACAAAACAAUUACUUUUAGAGUUAUUGUGUUUUUAUAACCAUGAAACUGCUGCACAGAAUAAUUUACAUUUAGAACAAUGGUUUGUCAUAUCCCAAGAUACACAUAUUUGGCAGUACACAUCAGAAAUUAAUGAAUUGUUUGGGUUUUUAAUUAAACAAGAUUCUUUAACAGCAGCAGUGGCAUAUAAUGUUAUGAUAUGUGGUUUAACAAAACACUUAAGAACAGCUGAAGCUUGGGCUCUAUAUCAAAAAUGUGAAGAAGAAAAUAUUCCAUUAAAUAUUACUACUUAUAAUUACAUAUUAUGGCUAAUUCCAGAUAUUUUUGGCCACAAGAAUGAACUGAAAAUAGAAAAUUUAUUUAAUAUUAUUAAUAUAAUAAAUAAAAAAAGAGUUAAGCCAAAUGUUAAAACAUUGAAUAAUGCUCUUAAUGUGAUUAGAGUAACAAACACAGAUAAUAAGAGAGAGAUUGCAAAACGUUUUCUUAUGGAAUUUAAACGAUUAAAUAUAAAAUUUUCACUGGCAUCAUAUUAUUAUAUUAUGAAUAUAUUUACAGGAAACAACAAGAAAGGACAUGAUAAUUUUCUGCAAAUUCUACAUUCAGUAGAAAAUGAAACUUUUAUCAUUCAAGAUCCAAUAGAUUUAAAAUUUUUUAAACAUGCUAUGUACUUAGCUUCUAUAUUCAAUGAUAGAGAAGCUGGUGAUAAGAUUCAUAAAUUUUUUCUGGCAAAAGAUAAUUAUAAAUUUAUUGCAACUGCUGCUAUAGAAAACGCUUAUUAUAGCUCAUAUUUAAUGUUGGUAUUGUCAACAAGUACUAUUGAGGAGUUUUUUAAAUUUUAUGAGAAUUUAGUUCCAAACGUAUUUGUGCCAUCAAAACGGAUUUUAACAGAAAUUAUAGAAGCUUUUAAAUAUAACUCAUCACCUCACUUAAUGAAAUAUAUACCAAGACUAUGGUCAGACAUGAAUACUUAUUGUCUUAUAGAACCUUCAACGAAAUUUAUUUUAUUACGUUUAAUACAAAUAAAUAUUUUACCUGCUGAUUCGGUUUUAAGAACAGAUCUUGUGAAUAUAGCUUGGGAUUGUUGGAAUAUCAUUCAGAAAGAAAUCAAAAAGGAAAAAUAUACUGCAAUUGAAAAUGCUGUGACAGCUUGCAUAGCAAUAAUAUUGUUACAUGGUAAUCGCGUAGAAGAAAGUAUUAAGGUUAUGACAUAUACUGUUAAAGAAUCAAAUGUAUUUCUUCCAACAAUGAAUGAAAAACAAGUGAAUGAAUUAUUCAACAAUUACAUUUUUAAAAAAUGUAUCGAAGGAGCUUUUCUUAUUCUUGAAUAUUCUGUAAAUUCAGGAUUUCCACAUAUCGUUGAAAUGGCUACAAAAUUACAGAAUCUUUCAGAAUUUACAAAUGUAGAUCGUCAGAGAUUGAUUGAUUUAGUGGGCGUGGAAGCAUUAAAUUCCUUAGAUACAGAAAAAUCAAAUUAAAUUAUAAUUUUGUGAGAAAAUGUUUAUUUUCUCACAAAAUAUUAUGUAAUUAUAUAUUCUCUUUCCUUUUUAUUGUCUUUACAAUUAAUAAAACUCUUAAAUUAUAA